GUGAUUGGUUGUUGGGACGCUCUGCUGUGAUUGGUUGUUACGCUCAGCUGACUGAGAGAUUUUAAAAUACUAGCGCGGUGUCAAACAUGACAUAAUUUGACGAUAACGACGAUUGACGAUGACGAUUAUUAAAGGAGUGGAGGAAGAGUCGUAGACUGAGAUUAUUACUUUUUCCGUGGACCACCAUUACAGUGACAAAGUUAAAGGAAUUGACAAUGUACAAAUGAUUGCUAGCUAGAUAGCAAACCCAACCAAAGGCUUUCUAAGGAGAACUGGCUACACGUUACGUUAACGUUACGGUUGUGGGAUAAUCAGCGAAUGAGUCGAUUAACCAAAAAUAUCUAGUGAAGAAAAUGAUAAAUUCGCUUGUCACAAGGUCAAGUGGUGUUAUACAGAUUGGCAAACUUUACCCGUGAACCGGGUCUACUGGCAAUGGGCUGGUGGUUCUGGGAUGCCAUUGAAUACAGCCCAGAAGCAGAUGUAUGCCGAGGAAAAGGCUAAAAACAUGAUGGUGGACUGCAGUUUUGGCAGCCAGACAUCUCUUUGGCAAGACACAAAGAAGGUGGGAUGCCCAGCAGUCAUAUCAAUCAGCAAGUUUGCAUCAUUCCCUAAAUUCAAGCUGGAGACGCAGGCUCGUCCAGGAUGAAAAGCGUCAGGGUCGUAGUGGUCGGAGCGGGUGUGAUCGGCUUCUCCACCGCUGUCUGCAUCGCUGAGUCUCUUCCUUUCUGCUCUGUUACUCUCCUGGCUGAGAAGUUCAGCCCGGACACCACUAGCGAUGGAGCUGCUGGGAUCCUGUUUGCUGCACAGUUUCCAGAUAUUCCCUUGGACAGACAAAAACGCUGGUUCAAGGACAGCUUUGAUCACCUUUUGGCCAUUGCUCAAUCCGAACACUCACCAGACGCUGGAGUUAUGCUGAGCUCGGGUUGCCAAAUAUUCAAGGAGGUUCCAGCCGAUAAGAAGCCCUUCUGGUCAGAGUUUGUGAUCGGCUUUCGAUCCAUGACUGACCGUGAACUGAAAGGGUUUCCAGAUCACAGGUUCGGACAGGCGUUCACCACCAUAAAAUGUGAAUGUUCCAGUUACCUGCCGUGGCUCCAGAAGAGGUUCAUGAAAGCUGGAGGUCUAGUGGAGCAGAGGAAAGUCAACAAUCUUCAGGAAUUAAGCAACAGCUGUGAUAUAAUUGUCAACUGCUCUGGUCUGGGCUCCAAAACGCUGGUGGGUGACACCGAAGUGUACCCAGUCAGAGGCCAGGUGCUCAAGGUGAAGGCUCCCUGGCUGCAGCACUUCAUCAGAGAUGGAGACGGAAAGACCUACAUCUAUCCCGGCAUACACGGCGUCACUAUAGGUGGCAUGAGGCAGGAGGGGGACUGGCGACUACAGGUGGACGAAGGAGACACGAAAGGCAUCCUGGAGCGCUGCAGCAGGCUGGAGCCGUCGCUCAGCAAAGCCAAAGUUCUCAGCGAGUGGGUCGGUCUGAGGCCCAGCAGGAGGAACCCGAGGGUGGAGAGGGAGCUGGUGCAGCUGCAGGGCCGCCGGGUGCCUGUAGUCCACAACUACGGCCACGGAGGCUGGGGAGUCACCUUCGCCUGGGGUACAGCCCUAGACGCUCUGGGGCUGGUCAGGCAGUGCCUUCAUGAAAUGCCUCUACAGGCUAAACUGUGAACAGAUUCUGACACUAAAUCCUACGUUUACUUUGUGCUAUUAACACUUUUCUUUAACUGAUGAGAGCAGAGAGA